AUGCAGCAAUCUAUGAUCGCUGUCCAGGUUGUCCUUGGUCUUUCUGAUAUACCUACCGGUACAUCUAUCAUCGUCUUUGCCCAGACUCUUGGCGGUGCUCUCUUUGUUUCUAUUGGAAACGACGUCUUCAGAAACAAGCUUGUUGAGUAUCUCGCCAAGUACAUCACCAGCCUGGAUCCAGAUUUGAUCCUCAAGACCAGCCCCACUGGCCUUCACAGUAUCGUCGACAAGGCUGACCUACCCGAAGUCCUGCUUGCUUACAAUGACGCACUUACCCAGACCUUCAUUGUGGGUGCAGCUGUGGCCUCCAUCAGCAUCAUCGGUGCUUUGUGUGUGGAGUGGAAGAGUGUCAAGGGAAAGAAUCUUGCCCCAGGAGGAGCUGCAUGA